UUUUUUUAUUUUCUCUUUCGUUACCAACUUUAUGUCUCAACCAGAAGCGUCGAAACCAGAGUCGAGUAACGUGGGCACGGUGCCAAUAACGCCUGCCCAACUAAAGACGUUUCUUACAGAAGCACCUUUACUCUAUAAAAGCAAACUCCAUAAAGGCGCAGAAAAGCAUAUUCUGACCAACUGCUAUCGUUCACUAUGGAGCAACGACCUCCAAUUGAUGCAAAAGUAUUUCUUUCGAGAGAGUCUUUCAGACAGUGACAAUCUUUCUCAGUUGCUUGAGAAAUACAACUUGUUUGGCUCAGAAGAACACGACCAUGACGAACACGCUCAUAAUCAACCUAAUUUGAACAAGACAGAAGAAGAACCCGAGUAUUGGGAAAGCCAACGAGGUAAACAGUGUGGCCAUUUAUUCAAAAAAGGCGAAAGCGUGUAUCGUUGCCGAAACUGCGGUUUAGAUGAUACCUGUGUGAUGUGCUCAAAAUGUUUUCACGCUACAAACCAUGAUGGCCAUGAUGUCAAGAUUUGGAUCAGUCGAGGAGCAGGUGGUUGUUGUGAUUGUGGUGAUCCAGAAGCAUGGAAAAUACCUUUGGAUUGUGCUAUUCAUUCACCCAGUACAUCCAACACCACAGAUACAGCGAGUCAAUCCAACCAUCCACUUGAACCACUCUCUAGUGUACCACCCAGAAUUAUUCAGUCUGUUCGAGAGACCAUCACAGUCGUUGUUGAUUAUAUUUUAGAAACAUUUGCUACAUCGCCCGAAGAUGUCGUUUCAGUAGGCUCACCAGAAUCUAUUCGACAAGAUUGCCAUGACUCUCAUGAAGCGCUUGGGUUACCUACCAAUGCACCAAAUCAGACCUAUGCCUGUAUUUUAUGGAAUGAUGAAAAACAUUCGUUUGAUGCCGUCAUCAAUAUUGUAGUGGAUGCACUUGGCUGUACAAAAGAAGAAGCUGCUCAUGCUGCUGAAUGUGUGGAUGUCUAUGGUCGUCAUAUCAUCAAAGAGUCCUCGGAUGUGGAGAGCUUAGUGCGUAUUGCAAAUAUCAUUAGUUCCAUUAAUUUGGCUGUCACUGUCUGUUCUAUGCAAAAGACAGUACGAGAAGAUAUUUGUGGAUUGUUAUUAGACUGGCUUAAAGAACUGACAGGUGGUCGAUACAAAUUUUUUAAUAAUGUAGAUGGUGGUAAUUGUAUCAUUCGUGAUAUUGUCUGUCAAGUGCUUUCAGAAGACUGGGCUCUUCGUCCUGAACUUGCUUGGCUUUCUACGCGUUACAGAAGAGCAAGAAUGCCUGAGGAUGAAGAUGAUGAUUUCGAUAUUGAAGGUGGAGACACAGAUAUGGAUGAAGAUGAGGACAUGAUGUUUGCAGAAGAAGAAGAAGUGAUUGUCAAUGAUGGUGAUAUGCUAUUGGAUGAUCUCUUUCAACACCUUGCAGAACAAGGUGAUCUUACUGAAGAAGAAGAUAGUUCAGAAGAUGAACAGGAUGAAUUUAUUACACAUCAAGAACAAACAAGUGAUAUGGAUACAGAACAAACACAACACAUUCUUUCACCUACUUCAAAUGAAAGUCUCUCAAGAAGACGUCAAAGUGAUGGUCAAGUCAACGCAAAUACCAAUACGACUGAAGGUCGUGAAUCUGAAGCAUCUAAAAGACGACGUUUAUCUGCUUCUUCUCAUUCUAAGCCUCACAAAACACACAAGACAAGAGAUAUUCUAGACUUGGAUUGGAGUUUAGAUACAUGGCUUGAAUACAUUGAAAAGCUAGAAUCAGAAGAGCGAUUGAUCACACAAACAUUAGGCAUUCUCUCUGGCUCUGCUCACCAAGACCUUGCUCAAACGCGCCAGAUCAAUGUCAACCUCAAGAAAGAAUUCAGACGCAAACUUCGUCUCGACUAUCUUUUACAGUUUGAUUUACGUCUCUGGAAGACAUCUCGCGUCAGUAUCAAGGAUUUGUUGAUUGGCACCUUUAUUUCCAACUUUGAUUAUAGACCCAUUAUUGGUACACGAUUUGCACGCAACUAUCCAGAAUUAGUAGACGCCUUCUUCUUCAAAGAUAGAGAACCUGAAAACUCUGUAAGCACACUGUCAGUUCAACUCUUGACUGUUCCUACUGUAGCAUCGAUGCUUGUGAAACAAUAUAGGUUCUUUGGUAUUGUCUGCUCUAUUCUAGAAAACUUUUUCUUGACAGAUCAUAUUCAUAUGGUUUUGCCUGAAGGAUACACUCGCGCUCAAGUGGAUUGUUCUUCAAGAGCCAUUGGCCGUCAUCGAUAUGCUUACACCAUUUUUGAUUUACGUUAUGUAAUGAAUGCUGAACAAGUCAAGGUUGAAAUCUCAAAGAACCCCUUGUAUCUUCGCCAUUUUAUUGACAUGUUGUAUCAAUUUCAAGAGAUGGACGCCUUAAAACGUCAAGAAGAUGCCCAUGUUGAAUUCGAGUCUCAAUCAUGGGUUACAGCAUUUAAUAUGACAUUACAGACAUCUAAAUUAUGUCGUCUUUUUGCUGGUUGCUUUGAGUCUACUGGAUUAUCGCCUUCAGAUGCUUCUCGUAACUUGUGCAGAUCCAUUUACCGUGUCUUGAAGGCUAUCGGUGACUGGACACCUGUGCUUGCACCUCGUAAACCAGCAGACGAACAUUUACCAGACACACGCUUAACAAUUAAGGGCUUAAGUGAACAAACAUUCCAUCAGAUCAGUACACCUAAUGCUGGUACUUUUGAUAUUGUAGAUUAUGACGUGACAAAGAAUCCAGUCUCUUUCCAUCAUCCUUUCCACUGGUUAUUGUCUGAAUUAUUUGAAAAUGUCUCCCUUUUACAUGAAGGCGUCUUAAAUGAACUUGGUUGGCUUGGUGGAUUUACACAGAUGGUCAAUGAUGCUUUUGAGAAUAAGGAGCACGAUAUGUUCUUGAUGGUGCUUGAAUAUCCCAUAAGAACACUAGCUAUUCUAUCUCAAAUCAACUGCAAUGUUUGGGUCAGAAACGGCUACAACAUUCGCAACCAGGCUCAUUCUUAUAGAGAUGUCGAUGUCAGAGAAAACACACUUGAUUGCGACAUCUAUUUGCUUCAAGUGGGUCUUACGGUGUGUGAGAAUGACAAGAUCCUGUUGACAUUAAUGGACAGAUUCCAAUUGAUUGACUGGUUUAGAGGAAAGCCGCGUAAGCACACUACUUAUGAUGCAAGUCAGAUUGUGUACAUGGUAGAAGACUUUUUACAUUUGUUAAUCAUUUGUGCUUCUGAACACGGUUAUGCUUCUGGAAUCACUGUGGAACAGCGUAUUCGUCAAUCAAUCAUUCAAUUCCUUGGUAUCAAUAGCAUGGCCUAUUCUGAAUUGUUGAAGCUUGUGCCUGAAAGUUUAACAGAGCAUGAAUCAUUUGAAAAUCAACUUAACAUGAUCUCUAACUUUAAGGCACCCGAUGGUCUUAGCGAUAAGGGUCUCUAUGAGCUCAAACCUGAAUAUUUGGACGAGAUUGAACCUUACUACUGGCAUUAUACUCGUAACCAGCGUGAAGAAGCUCACCAUGUCUUGAAAAAGAGGUGGAAUCAAUUACAUCCUAAUCAUAUACUAAGUGAUAAAGAAGAAUUCUUGAUGAUUCCCAAGACAAAAUACAUUGAAGUGGGUCCCUUUAGACACUUGGGCAAGUUCCUACAUUCGCAUACUUUGUGUCAGAUUGUGGCCUAUGCUCUUUGGGAAGCUAAAUUCCACAAGGUAUCAAAGAGUGAUACGAUUCUAGACGAGGCACUUUAUCUGGCGAUGCUUGCCGUCACAGAUCCCAACAGUCCAGCUAGUGAAUUAGCUGCUAUGAAAGUCAAGGGCAAGCAUAGAGCAGAUAUGGUCAUUGAAGAAUCCAAGAGCUUUAUUGAUUUUGCUGAAACAGAUGAAUAUUCCAUUCAAAUCAACGAAGUCGAAAGAACGCACGCUUCGUUGAUCACUAUCUUGAUUCGAUGUUUGGACGAUGCAGAUCUAUCGCAUGCUCAUAAGCGCUUAGGUUUUAUUUUGGACAAAAUUGAAGCUCAAGGCUCAGACACAGCCAAACAAAUCAUUGGCGAUUACAAAGAUAGAAAAUCGAAGGAAGUCAAGGCUGAAUUGGAACGUAAUGGUGGCAACAGCAUGUCUGAAUUUGAGCGUAAGAAAGCAGCUGCUAAAGCUCGUCAAGCUGCUAUUAUGUCACAAUUUGCAAAUGCUCAGUCCAAGUUCAUGGAACAACACAGUGGGAUCUAUUCUUCUGAUGAAGAUGAGGAUGUUCAAGAAUCCUAUGAAGAAACAACCAUGGUUGAUAAUGACAUGUCUGAAGAUGAUUUCCAAAUCUUCCGUAAAUGUCACUUCCCUAAAGACAACUGUAUUGUAUGCCAAGAAGAACUGGAUGAUAGCAAGUUAUAUGGUAUGCUAGGAUUGGUUCAGCAAUCCAAUAUCCAUAGACUUGCACCUAUGAACAACAAAGAAGUUUUGGCAGAUAUUCUGGAGAGCAGUAAUAGUCCUCAUGCUUGGGCAGCAAAAGAAGCCAUGGAUGAUAAAUCGCCACCCUUCAUCAGCUUCCCUACAGACGCACAUACUUCUGGCUUGGACAUUUCUUCUUGUGGCCAUUUAAUGCACUCUGAAUGUUUUGAAACAUAUCAGAAAUCAGUGGAAAACCAGUUAUUGAGAGAGUUGGGUCGCAUGUUCCCAUUGCCAAUCUCGCCUAAAACUCGCUUCCUUUGUCCUUUAUGUAAGGCGUUAGGUAAUGUCUUGGUACCUAUUGUCUGGAAAGGCAAAAAGGAAUCUUAUCCUGGUGUUAUGGCUCCUACCACGGCCUAUGCUGAUCUGACAAAGACAGUACAAGAUGUUGCUGCCGAACUCAAGAAGAGCUUUGAGCUGCUUCCGGGGUCAUUUGAUGAAGAACCUCCUUUUGUGAAUAACGACCCGGACUUAGUCAUCAGUGAUAAGGAAAAACUAAAGUAUCUUUAUAACCAAUUGAUGAAAGUGAUGCAUGUCACACUUCAUCGCAAGCCUUUGGAUCGCCCUCUCAAUUUGCCAAACUCAAUUCGUAGCUUGCAUGAUAUGUAUGCCUAUACAAUUGCCGAUUUCGAAAUCGCUCAAAGAGGAACAGAAGGCACAAGAGCGCGUGAUCUUACCGUAGAGCAUACCGGAACAUUCAUUGAUGAUAUCUCUAGCACGUCUCAGACACUAAUGAAGAUUCUUGGUAUGUCCAACACACUGAUUCAAAACUUGAUGAACACACCUUGGCAAGCUGAAGAUCGCUUUACAAAAGAAAGACUGAGCUUACAAGCUAUCAAUCAGUUUAUGCCCAAUACAACGCGUUACUUGAUUGAUGAUAUGGUUGAAACAGACACAUUGCAGCCUCUAUUAGUUGAUGAUCCAUUCAAGGCAUUGGUGCGUCUUUGCUUUUCUGUAGCUGAACAGCCUUCGAUUGAAGCACACCAUUUAUUGCGUUCUAUGUAUAUUGCUGAUUUGACCAAGACCAUUAUUGUGAUUGUUCAAAGCAUUUUAGGAGGUGAAAAGAUCUUAAAAGAUCAAAAGAUCAGUCAACUUGUAGAUACUUUAAACACCAGCCAGCAGCAAGCCGUGGGUGUGGAAGGACUACAACAAUUUACCCACUAUGUGCUUAGCCUCUUAAAGGUACAUCAAACAUUGAUUGAUCAGUUCUUCCAACAAAUCAGUCCUGGAGCAUUCUUGGCUCUUAUUCGUACUUUUACACUGCCCUUCUUGCGUAAAUCCUUGCUGUUUAUGGUAGUUUACCAUGGCUUCAUUCCACAAAAUCCAUCAGAAGAGACCGUGGAAGAAAAGAACGAAUACGACCAUAUUAUUGAUGUAUUGCGUUUACCUUCUCUAGAGACUAUGUUUGAUAUGCAAGCAUUCGAACAAGAUCUAGUCAAUAGCUGGUGUCAAGAUUAUAUGGAGUAUUCUGUUCCUCGCGUUCAACUUUUGGCUAGCUCAGCCAACAGCCUAGAGUCUUCCUUGGCUCCUAUUUCACUCAAUUUACCAACACAAUAUAGAAUGACCACACUUCCUUAUCGCCUAGAUCAAUUAUUGGAUGAAAGUUCUAAACGUAUGUGUAGAAAAUGUAAGACGGUGCCUGAACAUUCAGCUAUUUGUUUGAUUUGUGGUACUUUUGUCUGUGCUCGUCGAUUCUGUUGUACUGAAGAUGGUAAAGGUGAAUGUAAUGUCCACAUGAAGCAGUAAGUGAUUCUCAAACAAAGCUAGACAUACUAAUUCUUUGUAGCUGUGGUGGAGAGAUUGGUAUCUAUUUAAUGAUUAAGGAUUGUUUCCUUCUUUUGUUGCACGAUAAUGGAGGCAGUAUCAUGAAUGCUCCUUAUCUCGAUAUUCAUGGUGAAGCAGAUAUCUUUUUCAAACGUGGAGCACCACAGUAUCUCAAUGCCAAGCGAUACGAACAAAUCAGACAGAUGUGGUUAACUCAAACUAUACCAGCUUUUGUAAGAAGACGAAUGGAAAGUGCUUACAGUGCAACAAUCUGGGAAGCAUUUUAAUGUAUCUAAAAAC